AUGAACUUAUCGUAUUAUGAAAUUCUUGAAAUACCCGAAACAGCAACACAUGAAGAAAUAAAACAACAAUAUCAAAAAUUGUUACUUAUUCAUCACCCAGAUAAAUCUCAACGUUCUUUAAUAAAUUCCGAAGUCACGAAUAAAAGCGAAAAAGUAAAUCAGAUUAUUGAAGCAUGGAAUAUUUUAAAAGAUCCAGAAUUACGAAAAGUUUAUGAUAAAGAACUAAAAGCCACAAAACUUAGACACGAUGGAUUAUUUAAUUCGGAAAUUGAUCUAGAUGAUAUGGAAUAUAAUCAAGAGACAAAUUCCUAUUCAAUACGAUGUCGUUGCGGUGGUUUAUAUAUAAUUACUGAAGAAAAUAUGGAUCAGGGUGCUGAUAUUAUUGGGUGUACGGAUUGUUCACUGAGAAUUCGUGUGUUGUAUGAAACUGUUUCAGAACACUAA